CCCCCACCCCACACCCACACCCACACCCACACCCACACCCACACCCACACCCAACACUGGGGCACCGUCCGACCACCGAUCAUUUCCUGGUUACGCCACUAACAAAAAGUAAUUGCAUAUAUUGACUUUUUUCCUGAAAGUGAUCAAUAAAUAACUAUAAACUCGAUCUUUUAUUUGGUCAUGUACACAAUAAGUGUCAAAUAUUAGAGAAAAAAAAAAUCCAGAUUCAGAUCCAAAACUUUGCAGGUUCAGGCUCCUAUAUUUACCGAUAAAGAAAUACUUCUUUUGUCUUUGAUGUAUUUCUUGUAUAUAAGAUCGAUGCACGUUGAAAAUCAUUAUCAGACAUUUGUGUGUCAGCAUAUUCUUGCAUAUAUUGAUAGAGAGAUUUUUUUUUCUUUUUUUUUUUUUUUUUUCGUGAAAACAUCAUCAGAAAAAACUUCUUUUAGUCGACAAAGAAUAAAUGAUGGUAUAAAAUCAAGAUCAUCAAAUGCUUUUCUAUAUGGAAAAUAAAAUUUCAUAUCUAUAGAAUAUUUCUUCUUGAAAUUUUAUCACGAGGCUUUUUGAUAGUAAAUAUUUUUAAUUUGUCUAAUUUUUUUUUUUUUUCUAAAAAAUUAUUGUAUAAUUAUGUAAACAUAGAGGAAAAUAGAAUAAUUCUAUUGGUUUAUACUCCAGACAGGGAUACUUUGACCAAUCAGAAAGAAAAAACCUUUUCUUCUUCUUCAUCUUCACCAUUCUUAUUCAUAUAUAUGUCGUGUCGACGAAGUUACAUCGAUUGUUGAAGUUAUAACUUAGACAAAAAUUUUGUCGAAGUUACAACUUAGACGGAUACAUUCGUCGAAGUUAUAACUUCGACAAUCGAUGUAACUUCGUCGACACGACAUAUAUAUAUCCAAUCGUUUGAAAAAUAAAUCCAUGAAUGAAUCUUUCUAAUACCAAAACUACUUUUUUUUUUUUAUUUAACAACGUUCAUAUUUAGACAAUGAAUUAUAUAUUCAUACGAAUGAUUUUUAUUUUACUAAUGACGACAACUAUCGUCAUUAGUCAACAUAAUAAUGAUAAUCAAAUUGCCGAUUAUGAAGUUUACAUUCUACUUUAAAAAAAUAUAACAUAUUUAUGUACUCUAGAUGAACAAUGUGAUUCAAAUUCUCCAACAUAUCAACUUACACAUCAACAUCAUACAUGUUAUGCAAGUUGGACAUUACAAUCAAAUGAUAAUUCAAUAAGUUUUACUGCUGGAUGUAUGUAUAAUGAUUAUUUCUUUGUACGAUUAAUGUGUGGUACAAAUCAAACAAAUCGUUAUAUCGUUUGUUGUUCUCAACGUGAUUAUUGUACUUUAACAACACGUCAACCUUCUGGUAAUUUUUCAAUAUUAAUAUUAAUAACAAUUAUUUCAAUAAUUGUUGUUGUAAUUUUAUUAUUAAUUAGAUCACUUCCUUUAUUAAUGCAACGUACACUUGCAAGACACAUAACUUUAGAAAAAGUGAUUGAUGCUGGUCGUUAUGGUAGUGUUCAUCUAGGAAAAUGGCGUGCAAAUCAUGAUGCAUCGACAUAUACUCAACUUUGGCUUGUUAAUGAUAACGAAUAUCAUGAAAAUGGAUCAGUUUAUGAUUAUUUAAUGACUCAUAGAAUAACAAUACCUAUAUUAAUAAAAAUGAUCUUAAGUAUAGCUAGUGGUCUUUGUCAUUUACAUAUGCCAAUUGAUUCAACAAAUGGCAAAGUUGCACUUGUUUAUCGUGAUUUAAAAACAAAAAAUAUUUUAGUUAAAAAAGAUUUAUCAUGUUGUAUUGCUGAUUUAGAACAUGUUGAUAUUGAUAUUCAAGCAAAUAGUCGUGUUGGUACACAACGUUAUAUGGCAUCAGAAGUUCUUCAUGGAACAUUAAAUGAACGUAGUUUUAAAUCAUUUAAAGCUGCUAAUAUAUAUGCAUUAGGACUUGUCUUUUGGAAAAUAUUACGAAAAUGUCAAACAAAUCCAAAUGAAAAUGAUGCUGAUCCAUAUCAAGUGCCAUAUGAAGAUAUUUUACCAAAUAAUCCAACAUUUGAACAAAUACGUGAUGUUGUAUGUACAAGAAAAAUUCGACCACCACCAUCACCACGAUGGCAAACACAUCCAAUUCUUCAUUAUCUUGUUCGUUUAUGUGGAGAAUUAUGGAUUGAAGAUCGAGCAUGUUGUCUUAGUAGUCUUAAUGUUAAAAAACAACUUAAAACUCAAAUGAGUUUAAUAGAAAAUAAUUUAUCAAAUAUAAAUAUUGAAUCAUAA